CAUUUUGGUAAACUAACAUUAGUACAGUCGUAUUGUAGGGAACCGCAGAGGAUAAGGGCUGCACAGAGUCCCGUCUUCACCAGAUAAGAUUCUGAUAUUUUACUUGUUUUCUUCUCCACCAUACUUCUCGGCCGCCGGAAAAGCUGAAGACUCGCCGGAAAAUGCUUCGACGCCAGUAAGAGAAAUCGGAAGUAUGGGCGAAGAAGCGAGCAUUAGGCAGCAUCAUCAAUCGAGGUUGAGUGAAGCAAUUUUAUCGAUAUCCUCACUGAUUUCACUCUCUCAUUCGAUCAAAGUCUUCUCUGCGAAAUGGCAAUCGAUUAGAAUCAAGCUCGAGGAGCUCUUCUCGAACCUCACCGCCAUCGAGAAUUGCGAGACGUCGAGUGGAAAUUCGUCGCUUUCGAUUGCUGUGGAGUCGAUUUUAGGAACUCUCAGAAGCUGCGAUGAGCUCGCGAAUCGUUGCCUUAGGUUCUCGUACAGCGGAAAGCUCCUCAUGCAGAGCGAUCUCGACAUCCUUUCGGCGAAAUUGGAUUCACACAUCGAGAGCUUCUCCGAUAUUUACUCCGAAGGAUUGCUCACUCAGAGCUACGCGAUUGUGGUGCCUCGGCCAAGCGUCUCAGCUUCGAAGGACGAUAUGCGUUUCUACAUCACCGAUUUGCUGUCGAGGAUGAAAAUAGGGAGCAGCGAGAUGAAGAAACAAGCUCUAAUUGCGUUCAACGAAGUGAUUGAAGACGACGAACGGUAUGCAAAAAUCGCUGUGGAAAUCGAUGGACUUAUCAAUUUCAUCGUGAAAUUUCUCGAUUUUCAGGACGGGGAAAUUCAGGAGGCUGCUGCUAAAUCUGUGUCGUUGAUUGCAGGAUUCAAUUUCUGUAAAACUUUGUUGAUUGGAUUGGGGACAAUUGGUCCAUUAAUUAGGGUUCUUGAGUCUGGAAAUGAGGUUAGCAAAGAGUAUGCCGCCAGGUGUUUGAUGAAAGUCACUGAGAAUUCUGACAAUGUUUGGUCAGUCUCUGCUCACGGUGGAGUCACUGCUCUGUUGAAGCUUUGCAGCCAUGGCAGCCAUUGCCAAGCUCCCCUGGUUUCUCUAGCUUGCAGUGUAUUGAAAAACCUCGUCACAGUCGAUGAAAUCAAGCGUUUCAUGGUCGAAGAAGGUGCAAUAACAGAGCUCGUCGAGCUGAUUCGAUCCAAGGACGAGUCGGCGCAGAUAAGCUCGCUCGAUCUCCUACAAGCCAUGGCAUUCAGCGACGAAUCCGUCCGCGAAACGAUCAUCAAAGAAGGCGGAAUUCGCGCAAUGGUGCGAGUUCUUGAUCCUCGAUCGCCGGUCUCGACUAAAAUAAGGGAAAUUGCCUUGAGAGGGAUCACAAACAUAUGCUUUUCUUCAGAGAAUUCUAUUGCGAUUCUGAUGAAUUGCGCGUUCAUCGAUCAUAUAUUAUACUUUCUCCGAUACGGCGAAGUUCUCGUUCAAGAACUGGCCUUGAAGGCAGCGUUUUGGCUCUGCGGGACGUCGGAGGAAGCCAAGAAAGUGAUGGGCGACGCGGGGUUUAUGCCGGUGCUCGUUAAAUUCCUCGAUUCGAAAUCGUUUGAGGUUCGCGAAAUGGCGGCCGAGACGCUUUCGAACAUGCUGGUCGUGGCGAGGAAUCGGAAGAAGUUCGUGCAGAGCGAUCAGAACGUCGUGAUGCUGCUGCAAAUGCUCGAUCCGACGGAGGUAAAUUCAGGUAACAAGAAGCUGUUACUUUCGAUACUUAUGUCGCUGACGAGUAGUAAUAGUGCGAGGAAAAAGAUCAUCACCUCCGGGUACAUGAAAAGCAUCGAAAAGCUUGCGGAGACGGAAGGUCCCGACGCGAAAAAGAUCGUAAGAAAGCUGUCUUCGAAUCGAUUCCGGGGCAUUUUGAAUGGAUUAUGGCAUUCUUGAAUCAUAUUCACCUUCGCACGUAGAGAUUUUGCUCUACCUGCAGGUAGAGGCUUAGUAUUUGCACAUGGGAAUGAUGAGAUGAUGAAUUGGAGAGGUGGAGAUCGACAUGUGAGGUGUAGAAGAUGAUGGCUUUGAUACUUUGUCUUCAUUUAAUAAUAAUAAUAAUAACAAUAAUAAUAAUAAUAAUUAGAAUGUGAUGGAUGAUCUGCAGUUGCUUGUCUUUUUCUUGCACAUUAUUUGUCCUAAUUUGCUACUUUUGUUCUUUCUGGUGGUGUUUCC